UCACAGAUCGGCGUGUCAUAUUGACUGCGCCAAAGCAGGAAGCUCACGUCCGGCUUCCCCUCAGGCCCACAGAACCCCAAAAAGCCCGGAGUGUAGCAGACCCGGGCCCGGCUGAGUCCUCCACCCACCCGCAGGCAUGGAGCCCCCGCAGCCCAAGCCCACAGAGGAGGAGACGCGGGGGGACACUGAAGCAGCAGCAGGAGUGGAGCUGGCCGAGGCCAUAAUGCGGCGACGUUUCUGCCCCUCGCUCAUCACCACCGAGGCCUGGGAGGGCUUCACCUUCGCCAACCUCCAGAUCCGCAUCAAGGAGUCCACCGACUGUUACGGAGCCAUGCUAUGGCCCUCGGCUCUGGUACUCUGUCACUUCCUGGAUAUGAACCAAGACGAGUACAACCUGACUGACAAGAAUGUAAUUGAGCUGGGAGCCGGAACUGGACUCGUAACCACUGUGGCCAGCCUGCUGGGGGCAAAGGUCACAUCCACAGACCUCCCGGACAUACUGCCGAACCUUCAGUACAACGUCAGGCGUAACACUCGGGGGCGCUGCAAGCACGAGCCGCAGGUGACGGAGCUGAUCUGGGGACAGCGCCUGGAGGAGCGUUUCCCACGCGCGUCCUGUCCCUUUGACUACAUCCUGGCGGCGGACGUGGUGUACGCGCACCCCUACCUAAAUGAGCUGAUGGACACCUUCGAGCACCUGUGCCAGGACCACACUGUGAUCCUGUGGGCCAUGCGCUUUCGCCUGGACCCUGAGAACAGCUUCGUGGAGCGCUUCCAGCAGCACUUCCACCUGGAGCUCCUCUACGACCUGCCUAGCCUCAGCAUUAAGCUGUACCGCGCCCACAGGAAGGGGAGGAGCCCCAAGACCAGCUCCGGCGCUGCUGCCUGAACCACACCCAGCGAGAGGAAAACCCCCGGCACCUUAUAACACCUUAUGACACAAGGUGUCACAAAAAGUAAUUUGAAGACAUUUUGUAUGAAAGAUAAUUUCCUGAUUGACACUUGGGAGAGUGUAGAUGAGAAUGUGCUAUCCUCAGACGCACGUGAUGUCACCACCUCUUCUCAUCCAGUUAAUGAGAUGCAAGGCUGAGAAGCCUUUAAAGGAAAAGGAAGCCUGCACACAGAACUGUUGUUUUCACACACAGGUCUGACCUGACGAACAUCCACUGGGAUGGAAAUUUUGUCUGUAAUUGUGUGUAAGGAGCAGUUCAGUGUGCGAGCUUCCUUUUUCAUUCUCUGCCUUUUCUUUAUCACAUUGCAGUUGACAAGCCGUGCUCGCACAGACAUGAGCCAGAGGAAGACACUUUAUAUGCAGCACGACUGACCAGCAGGAGGCGCUAGGGAGCAAUGUGACAUUGUAUUCCUGGCAGACUGAAACCCUCCCAUCCCCGUCAGUCCUUCUGUGGGGCUGCCCGCACUGGCAUGGUCUGGAUUCAGUACCAGACGGUGGGCUCCAUCCAAACGCCAUAGCAUUGCCUUCACAGUGCGAGCUAUCCAGUAGCACUUGAGCAAACCCCUGAGCAAGCUUUCAAUGCAGAUUUGAAUUCAAGUGCUGUGUGUGUGUGUGUGUGUGUGUGUGUGUGUGUGUGUGUGUGAGUGUGUGAGAGUGUGUGUGGGUGUGUGUUUGGGGGUGAUGCAUGUGCACUACUGUAUUUGUAUUUUGUGUAAUUAUAUAUGAUUAUUAUAUAUAUAUUAAGAUCCCCUUAACACAUGUCAACAGCAUUCAGUUCAAUCUGAUGAGAUGGAGGCCAUUCUACUUCUAGCCUAUUCCCAGAGAAGGAGAAAACCAGAAGUACCAUAAACACCUGAUGGCUACAUUUAUGAUUCUGAAAUAAAUAUACACGCCUGUGAUUCCACUUUUGCUACUCACUUCCCAAUAAUUAUUUUGGUGGCCCGAUUCUUCAGCCAUAUAGAAGGUAAGAGUCUAGCUUUUCUCAGCCGAAUGCUUGCAUGUUAGAAACUGUAAUUCAGUCCAGGAACGACAUCAUGUAUCUAAGCACGGCGUGACAUUUAACUGAUUUAAAACCAAGGGAUUACUCAUGCCCGUUUUAUGGGAAAUGAUAAAUCAUAAUUCAGUUUUGCUAUAAUUCAAAUGUCAUAUAGCAGGUCAAAAUAACACGUUUCAAAGAGCACAUUCACUUGUGGCACUAAAACGAGUUUACUGCCUUUGAAAAGGUGUGAGAAAUGUAAUCUAUCCAAUUCCUUUCAGCUUAUUUGGUAAUAAAUUGGGACCAGCCAAACUCUGAAAUCAUUAGUUAAUCAGUCAGUGCUAUACAGCAACGCUGCAACAUUGUGCAUUAAAAACAUACACAGCCAGUGAUACAUGAAAAUUUAAAUUCCUUGUGCUUCUGUGUUCAUCAUUAAAAAGCAUAGGAAACC